AUGGCGCUCACAGGAGUAGGCCCGGCUUUGGAGCCGUUCGAUCUCGAGGGUCCUGCCCAUGAAGUUUCUGCAAGAUGGCGCAGGUGGAAGAGAUCAUUCCAGUACUAUGUGGAUGGGCAGAACAUAACAUCCGCGAAGAGGCAGAGGAGUCUGUUGCUGUACUUGGCUGGUACGCCAGUACAGGAGAAAUUCGAAACGCUAACAGAAGAUGAGGAUACCGACAAUUUAUUCGAGCGAGCUGUGAGUGCUUUGGACAAGGCUUUCGAGUUCGUGGCCAACAAGAGGUUCGAACGUUAUAAGCUUCGUCAGAUGUCACAACGGACUGGUGAAACAGUAUCUCAGUUUUCGACCCGUUUGCUUGGGCAAGGCAAAUACUGUGACUAUGGCACCGACAUGGAGGAUCAUGUACGCGACCAACCGCUCAUAGGGAUAUCGGACAAUCGCCUGAGAAAGAAAUUGUUAGAAGUCGACGACCUCACUUUGGCGGUGGCCUUGAAAAAAGGUCGCGAGUAUGAAACAAAGGAGCAGCACGCACGUGAUAUGUCAACAUCGACAAGUGCAAGUCACAGUGCAAGCCAUGAUGGGCAUGGGUCCAGUUCGUACGGUACGGGUGAAGCUGCACCAGGAAAUGUGAAUGCUGUGCACGGCGUACCCCAGCAAGAGUGUCAAAACUGCGGAAAAGUUGGCCACUUCGCCCGCGACCGCGACCGGAACUGUCCUGCACGUGGCCAAAGGUGUAGAAAGUGUGGCAUAAACGGUCACUUCGCAUCCAAAAUUAAUGCAACGGAGGUGACAAACAGCGUACAGGCAACACGCGUCACGCUCCCAAGUCGGGAAAGGCAAGGUGGUGCUCAGAGGUCAACGCAUUGUUAUCCCUACAGCGCUGCGACACCAGACCGUGCAGUUGGCACAUGA